GAUUAGCAUUGACACUGGAUUAGUGGAAAGCGUUUUGCAAGUGGCCACGUAGCAUCAACACGUGCCGAGCAUGCACAGGCGCCACCAUAGCUGCCUUCUCUUCGUUUUCUUCAUCGCUAUCUCUUCUCCAUACCUGGGAGGAACAUCACCAAGUGGAAGUAGCGCGCGCGCGAGAGAGAGAGAGAGAGAGACGAUCAAGGGAGCGUCGAGCGUGGAGAAAUUUACCUCUUCAAGGCGAGUUUCGAUUUUUUUUUCUGUGUAGCAAGCUAUGUCUUCCGCCGGAGGUGAGGAGCGUCAAUCCUAUGCUGCCGCUGCCAAGAAGCCAGCCAAAUUCGAGGAUAGUGAUAGCCUUGCCUCCGACAUAGCCAAGAGGAAGACUGGAGAUCCGGGAGCUUACGAGCGAGUGUCGUCGACGAAAGGUCCCAGCUACGAAUCCUCGUUGCCAGAGGAUAAAGAACCUGCUGCCAAAGAACCCCCCUCCGCUGACAAGCUCAAGAAGCCACUGAUCAUUACUGGCGUUGUUCUCGCUCUAGUGGGUGCGUUCAUUGCGCUGGUUGUCAAGUCCUCCAAGGAUGAAACCAGCAGCAGCACUAACAGUGACACUAGCCGAGUCGAUUGAUUUUUAAAUGGAUGAUGUCCUCUCUGCAUCACCUUAAGCUGUGUACAAAGUUGCCUUCGCUCUGACAGCAUCCAGUAUGUCACUCGAUUGCUGUCGGCCAUGCCCGACUUCCCAGUAUCAUACUUUCAUGUUCUGUUUUCUUCGCAUUCCAUUUCGUCUUCCUCUACAGUAAUAUAAGUUAGUGCGCCAUCGAAAA